UACGUACUCUUCUCUUCCCCGGGGGAAGUUGGUGGAGUUUUCCCGGCGGGGGACUCGGCGCAGAAACUUCCUCCGUCCCCCUCCCCCCCUCCAUGCAGGCGACGCCGAGCGAGGCCGAGGCCGGGGGCGAAUCGCCGCAGAGCUGCGUGCAAGCUGCGCGCGCUGAUUGGACGGCGGGGAAGCCAGUCAGCUUAUUGGCCCCGCUGAUCCCGCCCCGCAGCUCCGGGCAGCCUCUACCCUUUGGCCCCAGCGGGCGCCAGCCACUCAGAUCGCUCCUUGUUGGAAUGUGUAGCGGCAGCGGCCGCCGCCGGAGCAGCCUCAGCCCGACGAUGAGGCCGGGGACGGGAGUCGAGCGUGGAGGCCUCAUGGUGAGUGAAAUGGAGAACCGCCCUCCACCGCGGGGUCCCGGGAACGGGGAGCGGAGACUGUCCAGCUCAAGCCUCUGCUCCAGCCCAUGGGCCUCUGCGGACGGCUACCUGAGGAGACGGCCCUCGAUGGGACACCCUGGCAUGCAUUAUCCACCCAUGGGAAUGCACCCUAUGGGUCAGAGAGGAAAUAUGCAACCUGUACCUCAUGGAAUGAUGCAGCAAAUGAUGCCCCCUAUGGGAGGUCCUCCAAUGGGACAAAUGCCUGGAAUGAUGUCUUCAGUCAUGCCUGGGAUGAUGAUGACUCAUAUGUCUCAGGCUAGCAUACAGCCUGCUUUACCGCCAGGAGUAAACAAUAUGGAUGUAGCAGUAGGUGCAACAUCUGGCACACAAAAAUCAAUGUGGACUGAACAUAAGUCUCCUGAUGGAAGAACUUACUAUUAUAACACAGAAACAAAGCAGUCUACCUGGGAAAAACCUGAUGAUCUCAAAACACCUGCUGAGCAAUUAUUAUCUAAAUGCCCCUGGAAGGAGUACAAAUCUGACUCUGGAAAGCCUUAUUAUUAUAAUUCUCAAACAAAAGAAUCUCGUUGGGCCAAACCCAAGGAACUUGAGGAUCUUGAAGGAUACCAGAAUACCAUUGUUGCUGGAAGUCUUAUUACAAAAUCAAACCUGCAUGCCAUGAUCAAAGCUGAAGAAAGCAGUAAAGAAGAAUCAACCACAACAUCAGCUGCCCCAGUUCCUACAACAGAAAUUACAACUACAAUGAGCACUAUGGCUGCUGCUGAAGCUGCAGCUGCUGUUGUUGCUGCUGCAGCUGCCGCGGCUGCAGCAGCUGCCGCAGCCAAUGCUAGUGCUAAUGCUGCCAUAUCAACUCCUUCCUCCAUUGUUGCUUCAACUGCACCAAUUGUCACUGAGCCUGAAGUUACUUCCAUUGUUGCUACUGUCAUAGAUAAUGACAAUACAGUAACAAUUUCAACUGAGGAACAAGCACAACUUGUUACACCUAUUGUUCAUGAACAAAGUGCAGAAGUAUCUAGCAAUGUACCAGAGGAAGCGUCAAAGCAGGAGGCUUCAGUAGAUUACACCCCUAAAAAAGAGGAAGAAGAUAGUCAACCUGCUAAAAAAACAUAUACUUGGAAUACAAAAGAAGAAGCAAAGCAAGCUUUUAAAGAGUUAUUAAAAGAAAAGCGAGUACCAUCUAAUGCCUCGUGGGAGCAAGCAAUGAAAAUGAUUAUUAAUGAUCCCCGAUACAGUGCCCUGGCAAAGCUUAGUGAAAAAAAGCAAGCCUUUAAUGCAUAUAAAGUCCAGACGGAGAAAGAAGAAAAAGAAGAAGCAAGAUCAAAAUAUAAGGAAGCUAAAGAAUCCUUUCAACGGUUUCUUGAAAACCAUGAAAAAAUGACUUCCACAACCAGAUAUAAAAAAGCUGAACAAAUGUUUGGAGAGAUGGAAGUAUGGAAUGCAAUAUCUGAGCGAGAUCGUCUUGAAAUUUAUGAAGAUGUCUUGUUCUUUCUUUCAAAAAAAGAAAAGGAACAAGCAAAGCAGUUGCGAAAGAGAAAUUGGGAGGCCUUAAAAAAUAUACUUGACAACAUGGCUAAUGUUACCUACUCCACUACUUGGUCUGAAGCCCAGCAGUAUCUGAUGGAUAACCCUACCUUUGCAGAAGAUGAGGAGCUACAGAACAUGGACAAAGAAGAUGCAUUGAUAUGCUUUGAAGAACAUAUCCGGGCUUUAGAAAAAGAAGAGGAAGAAGAAAAACAGAAGAGUUUGUUACGAGAAAGGAGGCGGCAGCGUAAAAAUAGAGAAUCUUUUCAGAUAUUUUUAGAUGAAUUGCAUGAACAUGGACAGUUGCAUUCUAUGUCAUCUUGGAUGGAGUUAUAUCCAACAAUUAGUUCUGAUAUUAGAUUUACCAACAUGCUUGGUCAGCCUGUUUUUUCAUUAGGAUCAACUGCACUUGAUCUUUUCAAGUUUUAUGUUGAGGAUCUAAAAGCACGUUAUCAUGAUGAAAAGAAGAUAAUAAAAGACAUCCUAAAGGAUAAAGGAUUUCUGGUUGAAGUAAAUACUACCUUUGAAGAUUUUGUUGCAGUAAUCAGUUCAACUAAAAGAUCAACAACAUUAGAUGCUGGAAACAUCAAAUUGGCUUUUAAUAGUUUGUUAGAAAAGGCAGAAGCCCGUGAACGGGAAAGAGAAAAGGAAGAGGCUCGUAAGAUGAAACGAAAAGAGUCUGCAUUCAAGAGUAUGUUGAAACAAGCUGCUCCUCCGAUAGAAUUGGAUGCAGUCUGGGAAGAUAUUCGAGAAAGAUUUGUAAAGGAACCAGCAUUUGAAGACAUCACUCUAGAGUCUGAAAGAAAAAGGAUAUUUAAGGAUUUCAUGCAUGUGCUUGAGCAUGAAUGUCAGCAUCAUCAUUCAAAGAACAAGAAACAUUCUAAAAAAUCUAAAAAACAUCACAGGAAACGUUCACGUUCUCGAUCGGGCUCAGAUUCAGAUGAUGAUGACAGCCAUUCAAAGAAAAAGAGGCAAAGGUCAGAAUCCCGGUCUGCUUCAGAACGUUCUUCUAGUGCUGAGUCUGAGAGAAGUUACAAGAAAUCGAAAAAGCAUAAGAAGAAAAGCAAGAAAAGGAGACACAAAUCUGAUUCUCCAGAGUCUGAUGCUGAACGAGAAAAGGAUAAAAAAGAAAAAGAACGAGAAAAUGAAAAAGAUAGAACUAGGCAGAGAUCAGAAUCAAAACACAAAUCACCUAAAAAGAAGACUGGAAAGGAUUCUGGUAAUUGGGAUACUUCUGGCAGUGAACUGAGUGAAGGGGAAUUAGAAAAACGGAGAAGGACCCUCUUGGAACAACUGGAUGAUGAUCAAUAAAUUAAUUAUACCAAAUAUAUGUUUACAGUAUAAUUAAAAAAAUGUCUAGUUCAGGACAGGGAUUCUGAUGUUUUAAAUUCCAUUGAAGCAACACUGGGUUUUAAUUAUAUCACAGGAAGAAGUGCAUUACGUAAUGUUACAGUGGAGUUGACUUUAAAUCUGCAAAAGAGAAGGAAAUUCAAAACUGAACAUGAAAACUUUUGAUUCUGUAUAGAGAAUCAUUUUCAUAUCAUCACUCUGAAGCCCCUUUUUAGGGUACAGCAAAAUAGAUUAGAGAUGGUGAUUUAUUGAUUGUCCUUACUUUUGUGUUCUAAAGUCAAUGCCACAAAUAUACAUUUUUGAGGUAGUUUGAAAUUUGCAGAAGUUGGAUUUUGAAGAUAUAAUGAAACCUUUUUUGAUGCAUAGUGGUACAAAAAAAGCACCAGCAACUGAUCAAAAUGCUUUUUUGUGCACUUCCUAACUGGUUUAACUGAUGUGAAUUUUUAUGGUGAACUAAAAAAAAAUAGGUGUUUUUUGAUGGAAACCCUUAACUAAAUAGUAGUGCUAAUGGGCACUGCUGUAAUUAUAGCCACCAUUGUUAAUUUUAAGAGCAUCUGGAUGAAUAAAACAGAAGGCUAUUGUGAGGGCAUUAUUUGAACAUCUGUUUUGAGGCGAUGUUUAAAAAAGAAAUUAACAUCAAAUCAGAUUGUAAAUUAAUUUAAAUAUGUUGCCUUAAGGACCUACUAAAGAAUGUGCCACCAAAUUUUAAGUGACAGUUGCAAUAUCCUUGUCUAAAAAAAAAAAUCAAUGUUGACUUAAACAUUUUCUUUAACAAAAGUUGUCUUGAUUUAAAAAGAAAUCAGAUCUCUUUCCGUCUUUCUCUCUCUCUCUUUUUUUUUAAUAUCCUCUGUCCAGUUUUUCAUUGAGGAAAACUUUUCCCUACUCAGUGAGAAGUAUUGACUUCUGUGGUACACAUUCUAAAGCAUUUCUGAUUUGAAUAUUUUUGUACAUUUUUAUCGAUUAUUAAACCUUCUCUUCUAGCGUGUACUAGUAUUUAUUUCUACUUGAAAUACGCUGUACAGCUCUAACAGAAAUAUGGAUAUUUUCUGAUUCAGUUAAGCAACAAUGUGGUGUAUUUACUCUAAGCCCGUCGAAGUUUCUCUUAAUAAUUCAUCUUCCUUUCCCAUGUAGAUUACUUUGCUUUUCUAAUGAUACUUAUAAGAGUACUUAUAAAUAAAUCAGUGCAUAUGAGGCCCCUUUA